AUGGAGUUGGUGGGCCAGAAGACGUCUAAACCACCAUUUGAAGUUUUCAUGGAGGCCUUAAAUAACAUUGCCCCCAGCAUAGAGCUGAAGAAGCGCAAGAUCGGAGGAUCUAAUUAUCAGGUGCCCGUAGAGUCUUCUCCUGAAAGAAAGCAGACUCUGGCACUGAGAUUUCUUGUUCAGUACAGCCGGAAGAGAACCGAAAGAACAAUAGUUGAAGCGCUGGCUAAUGAGAUCAUAGAUGCCUACAACAAUACUGGUCUUUCCAUCAAGAGAAAGAAUGAGAUAAUCAAAACUGCCGAGAGCAACAAAGCAUUCUCUUAUUUUCGUUUCUAG